GCGUCACAAUAAUAGCGGGACUUCAGAAUCAUUGAACUUGCUUGUUUGUAUUUGUUUAUAUAUUUUUUUAAGCACAAUACAGUAAGAGAUGUCUCUUUCGAAAAUAAUAGCGUUUUCAAAAAACUCUGUCUCUACCGUUUAUGUUAACAACUUUGAAAGUCCCGUCGGCCAAGUUACAGCUGCAGCUGACGAUGAUUUUUUAUACAUCGUUACUUUUGAGGAUUCAAAAAACUUUGAAAAGCAUUUUGAUACUCUAGCAAAAGAAUUAUCAUGUAAAUAUAUCGAAAGUAAAAACAAAGUGUUAGAGAAAUUUGAAAAAGAAUUUACAGAUUAUAUUGAUGGUAAACUGAAGAAUUUUACGGUGCCCAUUAAAACACAUGGUUCAGACUUUCAAAAGGACGUAUGGAAUAAACUUCUGGAACUGCCGUAUGGAUCUACACAAACAUAUGGUGAUUUAGCGAAAGCUUUGGGUCGGCCGCCGAGCCAUUCUCGAGCUGUCGGGGCAGCUUGUGGCGCUAACGCCUUGUUGGUAGUAGUGCCUUGUCACAGGCUCAUUGCAUCAGGAUCUAAAGGCGGAGGCUAUGAUGCUGGUGUUGACAGGAAAGACAAACUUAUUCAACUUGAAAAAUCAAAUUCGUAAUCGGGUUCUUGGUGUUCAAAAUUUACAAGACUCCCCAUUUUAUAAAAAUCAUGGGAUUUCUGUGAUAGGUCUAGAAUAAGCUUCAUCAAGAGUAAUGCACUUGCAUAAGUAAUACACAUAAAAAAGUUUCAUAUGCAGUCUCUCCCAGCUUACCACUGAAGUGGUUGGUUCAUAUAAAGGCAACUAAAAAGGUCAAAAACUGUGUAAUGUAAAGGUAGUUUGUAAAUGUAAGUAACAAUAAAAAAGAGUUCAAAUAACAAAUAUGAUAUAUUUCAAUUCACACUUUGUAACAAUAUUAUGGUGUAUGUUACCACCACGGAAGCUAUAGAAACUAAAAGCGAGAAGUUCAAUGUGAAGAAACCUGCCAUGUUGAAGCAUAUGGGGCGAUCUUGUAAUAAUGACUGUAAGUCCUGUAUUGCUGACCGCAGGGUUACAUCUGUUUACAAAAAAAUAACUUAUUAUCAUUUCGAGUUCAGUACCUUAGUAAUUGGUAGGUAAAGGUCACUGCAUAUAUUGAUAAUGCUAAAGCCAUAACAGGCUGUUUGCUGACCCUACAUUCCUACUGAAUUUCAGGAAAAUAGUCAAUUUCUUGCAGAGUGCUGCUUAAAAGAUCUUUGCAGCCAAGCAAGUCAAAAUAGGUUGUCUUUACUGUUUGUACUGUAAAGAGAAACAAUAUGUAGAUUAUGUUUAUACUAUAGGUAUUUAACUACGAUUUUUUUAUCGACUUUAUCGACUAUCGGGAGCUUUUUAGUUAUGCCGCGAUAAAAACAAAAAAACCAGAGAAAGGAUUAUAAUCGUCGCACACGCAUUCAUACACGCUCUUACUCGACAACUCACCACCGCUAAGGCUCUAGCCAGCGAAUUUCCGUGUAUAGUUAUCGGCACGGAUAAUGAGCUCGAGUACACUUAAGGCAAUAAAUCACUUCUGCGCAGGUGAUGGUCAGGGCUCAAUAUCCUUGCCGAUAAUUAUAACCCCGUGUACGCGCUAGAUUUUAUUGCAGCACCGUAAACGCUCAUAGAUACGAUCGGAAAACUAGUUUAAACUCGCACUUAUUUAAAACAAAAGUAAUGGACGAUCUACUUACCAGGAUUCUUAUUAAUCAGUAAAUGAUCAAUGACGUUGAGGAUCCGCUCUCUCUGCCGAUAGGCUUGCUCGCAACGGUUUACCAAAGUUAUUAAAAUGGCAGCGCAAGUUAAAAAGCGAACAAAUCCGGACACUCCCGGCAAAAAGUUGUAGCCCGCGCUGUUGUAUAGGGUUCGCUAAAAUUAAAGCCAGUUUUUAAUUAGGAUGUGUUAAAACAUGGGUGAAUGUAAAAGCUAUCUCAAUCCACCAGACAGAUAUUACCUGUGACCCGACGAUAAUUCUUAUAGCUAAAUUCAAUAUCUUCACCAUAUCGAAUAGCAGACUCGUUGUGUUCAGUAGAAUCUGAAAGAUUAAACGGUUUCUUAGGUUUUAUGCUCAAUAUCAGGGAGAGAAAGAAAUGUUUUGUUCCUGCAGUUACUUUGUUUUAUGUAUGUAGCUAGUUGUGCAAGAGCCAUAAGCCCUGAUAAUUAUCGUAGCUAUGUAGGUACUUACCCGAAAUCCGUACAUUUUGUUAAUAAACAUAACUUGUUCCGUUAGCAAGAGGUAACAUUUAGAGAGCCGUUUUAUUUCAUGACUGUCUAUUGAACGUGCCUUGAAACUUUGAUCUGGCGAUCCAUCUUCGCCAUGCAACCAAUUCUUGUUACGUAUACAGUCUGCUAACAUCCCAACAGGACAGGCGCUUGCACAUUUGUAGCAAUUUUUUAUAAAAUUGUUGAUAAUUCUUAGCCGAACUUCAACUUGUAUUAUAUUUGCAAUCAAGUCUAAUGUAGCCAGAAUUUUAAUAAGGAGAUACAGGUAUGAAAGUGAAUGUACGACUGGGAUCAUCCAACCGUAGGUAAUGACCCAUGCUCCUAGAUCAGUAAAAGAACUUAUGAACCAAAUGACUAAGAAAAAAGUCAUAGUUUUUAACAGUCUCCGUUUCAUUUCAGCGUAGCAACUAGUUUCUAGACAAACAUCAAUUAUUUCGAACUGUCUGAAGUAUUCUAUGUACAAGUUCCUCCCAAAUUUAUAGACAAAGAAUAGAUCGACAGUAUACUGGAAGAAGUCGCAAAUCAUCUGUGCCAUGUCUGUUACUCUGAUAGAAAUAUCCAACCUGUUGUAAACAUAUUUUGUUUUGUAGUACAAGCAGUAGGAGCUCAAACAUCCGAAUAUGGAACAGGCACAAAUGCUUUUGAUGAGCAUGGAUGUCUUGUUGGGCGCCACAUUGCCGUUAAUAGCAAAAACUUUUAAAAUCCUUAUGAUUGGUAUCAUUGAGUUGUAUGAUUUAUUAUUGAAAUCUCCAGGUUUUAUAAUAUCACUGACUUGCAUGACUGUGGUUCCGUAAACACUGUUAACGAAUUCACUAGUUGCAACUAGUAUAGCAAUGGUUUAAAAAUAUAAACGUUGAAGGGCCUACCCUUGUACAACUACGAUCAGCACAUUCGUAUGAUAAACAUCAAUCAAUGGAACGACGUUUACAUUAAAUUAAUGAACCAUUUGAAGUGGCAGGCUCUAAUAAUGUUAAUAGCAUGCUAGUGGACAUAGGUAAUUUGUUUGCGUAUAUACAAUAGUGGGUAUUUCUGUCGGUAUGUAACUUGCAUACUUACAGUAUACCUACCUAUUGUAGGUAACGUGCGUUUAUGUAGGUAAUGUUUUAGCAUAAUAAGGAUUCGUAAUGAGUAUAAAAAAAUAAACCAUUUUAAGAUAUAUA